AUGAGCUCUAGGCAACAUAGGCGUUCAUUAACAUAUCCAGGCGGUGGCCGCAAGGUAUUGAAGCCUGAUGCUUUUCAGGAAUUUGAGCUUGGAGAGAAGACUGUCCUCUCUCACAACACAGCCAUUUACCGUUUCAAGCUCCCCAAGGAGAACGACAUCCUCGGCCUCCCCAUCGGUCAGCACAUCUCUCUCGCCGCCAACAUCGAAGGCCAGCCCAAGGAAGUUGUCCGCUCGUACACCCCGACCUCCUCCGACAACGACAAGGGUUUCUUCGACCUCCUGAUCAAGUCGUACCCCACCGGUAACAUCUCGAGGUAUGUCGCAAACCUCAAGAUCGGCGACAAGAUGAAGGUCAAGGGCCCCAAGGGCGCCAUGGUCUACACACCCAACAUGGUCAGGCACUUCGGUAUGAUCGCUGGUGGAACCGGUAUCACACCCAUGCUGCAGGUUGUCAAGGCCAUCCACCGCGGUCGCGCCGCCGGCGACAAGACUGAGGUCGAUCUCAUCUUCGCAAACGUUAAUCCUGACGACAUCCUUCUCAAGGAUGACCUCGAUGCGCUCGCCGCCAGGGACCCCAAGUUCCGUGUACACUACGUCCUGAACAACCCGCCUGAGGGGUGGACCGGUGGUGUUGGCUUUGUCACUGCGGAUAUGAUCAAGGAGAAGCUCCCUGCGCCGGCCAACGACGUUAAGAUUCUCAUCUGCGGUCCCCCACCUAUGGUUGCUGCGAUGAAGAAGGCGACCGAAAGCCUGGGUUUCACCAAGGCCAGGCCUGUCAGCAAGCUCGAGGAUCAGGUCUUCUGCUUCUAG